CAGGUGGCGCCCGUCUCUGUGCGUAUUUAUUCCAGCGUCCAACAGCCGCAGCCCGACACAAAGUCCCUGCCCUACAGCCGAGAGGAGCGCUCUGUCCCCGGCUCUGUCCCCGGCUCUGUCCCCGGCUCUGUCCGUCUUUUCCCGGUGCAGCAGCGGCUCUCUAAUUACCGCGUCUGGUCGCCGUUUUUGUCGGCUUGUUUCAGCGAGGAAGCCCGGUCUGCAGAAGCUCCAGGGCUGGGAGCGGACCAGAGGAACCGCAGCGGUGGUCGGGGGGGUCUCCUCCGGGGUCAGACCUGUGGGUUUGUGCUGAAGCUCAACAUGAUGUCUGUGCCGCUCGCUCUGCUCCUCCUCUCCCUUCACGUCUUCGGCCUCCCGCCGCAUGAGUCUGGAUCUGGACAAGUCCGCCCCCACCUCACCGCCUGCAUCUCCCCCAACAUGGAGACUUUCAGCUGCAGAUGGAGCGUGGGCUCCUUCCAGAACCUCUCAGAACCGAGGGAUCUGCGCUUAAUCUACUUCAACAGAUUGCGCCCCACCGCCUCGGAGGGAAACUGGAGUGAAUGCCCCCACUACAGCUCAGAGAGACCCAACGAGUGCUUCUUCAACGAGAACCACACCACCGUCUGGACGUCUUACACGGUGCAGCUGCGCUCCAGAGACCAAGAUGUCCUCUACGAUGAGAUCUCCUUCUCUGUGGCCGACAUCGUGCGACCCGACCCCCCGCUGGGCCUGAACUGGACCCUGAUGAACCGCAGCCUGACCGGCACGCACUUUGACGCCAUGCUGCGCUGGGAGCCCCCGCAGUCCGCCGACGUGGAGACGGGGUGGAUGGCGCUGCAGUACCAGGUCCAGCACCGCCAGGCCGGCUCUGACCGCUGGGAGGAGACCAGCCUGGUGAAAAGCACCCACCGCUCCCUGUUCGGCCUCCAAACCGACGUCCACCACGAGGUCCGGGUCCGUUGCAAAAUGCUCGGCGGGAAGGACUUUGGAAACUUCAGCGACUCUGUGUUUGUGCAGGUCCCGUCUGCAGUUUCAAGAUUCCCAGUUAUGGCUUUGCUCAUUUUCGGAGCUUUGUCUCUAGUGGCCAUCCUGCUGCUAGUCAUCAUUUCACAGCAGGAAAAGUUGAUGUUUAUCCUUCUGCCUCCCGUUCCUGGACCGAAAAUACAAGGAAUCGACCCAUAUCUGCUGAAGAAGGGGAAGCUCCGGGAGCUGACCACGAUCCUGGGCGGCCCCGCCGACCUGAGGCCGGAGCUCUACAGCAACGACCCCUGGGUGGAGUUCAUCGACCUGGACAUGGAGGAGCCUGGAGACAAACUGAUGGACGUGGACACGGACCGCCUCCUGGACCGCUCCCUGUCCUCUCACUGCUCUCCGCUCGGCUUCAGAGACGACGACUCGGGCCGCUCCAGCUGCUGCGAGCCGGACCUCCUCAGCGAGUCCAGCGGGUCGCCCUUCCACCCUCUCGUCCCCGGUCAGGAAGCGCCGGGCGGCGAGGCGGCGUACACGCAGGUCGGCGAGGUCCGGUCCUCUGGUAAGGUGCUGCUGUCACCUGAGCAGCUCUCAGACAGCGGCGAGGAGAAGGAGAGCAAACAGGACGACCCGGCGGCGCUGAAGGCGGAUCAGAGAGCCCGCCCCUCUGAGCUCAACGCCGCAAAGCUGAACCUGCAGGUAGAUCCUAACCCUAACUCGCCUUCGGCUCCUGUCUACACCGUGGUGGAAGGCGUCGACAGGCAGAACAGCCUCCUACUGACGCCGACCCCCACACCGGGCCCCAACCCGAGCCCCCCGAAGAUGACAGCGGCGCCGGACGGCUACCUGACCCCGGACCUGCUGGGAAGCGUGACGCCGUAAAUCAGCUUAGGAUUGAGUUACCUGUGACUUUUUCAUCUUAAAGGGAGUACAGUUCCUGGAGGUGGACUGCUGGAGGGGGGGGGGGGGGAUUUCAGCUUUUCCUAGAAUAGCUUCAGGGUGUGGGGGUCACUUCUCCUCAGACUGUCAGCAGGUCGUCUCUGAGGACAGAGACCUGGGCGUUUCCCCCGGCAAUCGAACACUUUAAACACUUUAAACCACACUGCAAAAAGAGAA